AUGAAUCUGCAUGGGCAGAUCAGUGCACUAUGUAAGGGCCAUCUGGCACUGUCCUGUAGCUGUCCCAGAAAUGUCUCCAGCCUCCUUCUGCAAAGCUCCAAUACCAGCAUUUCACACUGUGACAGAGGCUGCGUGAGAGAGAGAACAAGAAUGGCGACCAGGAAAACAUUUAUUGGUUUGGUAGAUAACGCAUUAGCAGCUUCCAACUCAUUGCAUCGUGAUCAAUUGCUCUUUUCUUACAAGGGAAUUCUCUACCCUAGAACUCUUUACAGUCCUGAAGUGUUCAAAGCCUUGGAGUCUUUUGAAGCCAGAAGAGAUGAUGUAAUUUUGGCAGGAUAUCCUAAAUCUGGCACAAACUGGCUAAGUCAAAUCUUAACUGAUCUGAUAGCCAUAUCUCAAAAGAAAACACCUGGUAGUGAAAGCAGUGUGAAUGCUGAAGAACAAGAAGAAUUCCCCUACCUUGAAAUUGGAGAUCUUGAGAAAUAUGAGCGAAUGAGCAAAUUACCUUCUCCAAGAUUCAUGGUUACUAAUCUCCGCCCUGAAAAACUUCCCAAAUCUAUCUUCCAAAACAAUGCCAAGAUAUUGUUACUGAUUCGUAAUCCAAAAGAUGUUGCUACAUCUUAUUACCAUUUUUCCAAUGGCGUGGCUACUGUUCCCUCCUAUGAGACCUGGGAUGAUUUCUUCACGGAUUUCAUGGCAAAGAAAACGGCCUGGGGAUGCUACCUUGAAUACCUUUCUGAAUGGAACAAAUAUGCUGACAAAGAAAAUAUUAUGACAAUAACUUAUGAAGAGGUAAAAGAGAAUCGUGCCCAGGUUGUGAAAAACAUAGCCACGUUCUUUGGAAUUCCUCUGACUGAGGAACAGCUCCAGCUGGUGGUAGAGAGGAGCAGCUUCCAGUCUAUGAAGAAAAACUCAGACAAGACUCAUGGGUCAUUUGGCAAUGUUCUCUUUCGCAAAGGUGGUGUAAGUGACUGGAAGAACCAUUUCACUGAAGAUCAGAGUAAGAAAAUGGACAAAGCAUUUGAAGAACAUAUAGCAGGAACGAAACUUGGGAAAAAGUUGAAGUAUGACUUGUACUGCAAAGCCUGA